AUGCCGAAGCUUGAAGUGCUUGUUGUGGGUGCCUCGGUCGCGGGUCCCAUGACAGCAUACUGGCUAGCUAGGGCUGGUGCGAGGGUAACGAUUAUUGAACGAUUCCCCGUGUUACGCACCAACGGACAGGCCAUCGACAUUCGUACCUCUGGUGUGACGGUGAUGCGCAAAAUCCCAGGAAUGGAGGCAGCCGUGAGGGCCAAGACGACGCAGCUCGAAGGUCUCAGCUACGUCCGCGAAGACGGCCGUCCUUACGGAGUCAUCAGAGCCACGGGGAAUCCAGAUCAGCAAUCGCUCAUAUCAGAGUACGAGAUCUUCCGAGGAGACCUAUCGCAGAUUCUGUUCGAUCUCACAAAGAACAAUGAGAACAUCAGGUACAUUUUCAAUGAACAAGUCGUAUCGAUCCAGCAGCGUGAGAACCAGAACGGAUCAGUGACAGUCGAGUUUGCAAACGGCACAGCGACCUCAAGUUUCGACCUCAUCGUUGCUUGUGACGGCGCAGCUUCGCGCAUUCGAGCCCUCGGGUUCAACUGUGCUGUACGCGAUCAUGUCGAGACAACAGGUUGCUGGGCGACUUACUUCUCCGUAAAGGAGGACUUUCUUCAAGGAUCAAAAACCGGCCAGGCACACUCAGCUACCGGAGGACGUUUCGUGUCCAUUGAGCCGGAUCCUUCCGGCAUCAACCAAGUCACAUUGAUGAAACUGAGUGCCCGCGACACCCCGGAGGCAACGCUGGGUUUUCGCCAGGCGUUGAAACAAGGCGACGACGCGCUCAAACAAUUUGUGGCGCAGCAAUACCAGGACGUCGGUUGGAGAACCGCCGACCUCCUCAAAGGCAUGAUGGAGACCGACGACUUCUACGGUAGCGAAUUGGUCCAAGUCCACAUCCCCGCCUUGUUCAGCGGCCGCGUCGUCCUCGUUGGCGACGCCGGGUUUGCUCCCGGUUUCAGCGGCAUGGGCACUUCACUCGCCAUGACUGGCGCCUACGUCUUGGCCGGGGAGAUUCAGCAUCAUAAAGGCGAUGUCGGAGCAGGACUUGAAGGCUACGAGAAGCGCAUGAGGCCGAUGAUCAACGAGAUGUCCAAAGUGCCACCUUUCGUCACGACGUUAAUGUCGCCGCAAACCCGGUGGGGGAUAUGGUUGCGGAAUGCUGUGUUUGCGGUCAUCUCGUGGACGAAUGUUGUGGAGUACCUGCAAAGGUUCUCCGACUUGUUCGGGGCCGCUUUUGCCAGUAACGACGAGUGCAAACUUCCAGACUAUGAGUGGGAGAAAUGA